AUGGUGACCCUCAAGUUGCCCCUGCGGCGCGCUGCAGAUGCGAAGGCCGAGGGCACAAACGACAAUUCACCCAGAACUACCGCAACUGGGUCCACUGCUGCAUCCUCGCACACGUCCAAAGGAGCCAAGGGAGGCGGCAAAUUUUCCACUGGCUUUCUGGCGUCAGCCGCAGGCAUCCAGAGACAGAGGCGGGGACCGCCGGAUGCCUCGCCGGGACCGCCGGAUGCCGCCUUGAAGGUGCAACCGUCGGCUGGGAAGGGACGGUGGCAUGAGGCCUAUUUGCAGGAGUUCCUGCAGAAGGUGGAGGAUGACCCUGUUGCGUUUGAGGAGGACAUCAAGAAGAGCAGGGCCCUUCGAGACCACAGGCUUGAGCAAGAGAACGAGCAGAUGGCGAGCCUGCAGCGUACAAUUCCAGCGGAGGAUGAUCUGUCAUUGUCGCCCCCUGAUUCUGGUCCCGUACAUGGCUCGAUCUUCAAAUGUGAAUCAAUUAUUGUGCACCUGUGA